AAGGUUAAAAUGCAGUGCAGUUAAAAAUCACGGGAUAAGCAUUACACUACUGAUUACAUUUCUGUCAUUUCUAGCAUACAGGCAUGGCCGACGGAUCUACCACCCCCGGGUUUAAUUUCAACAACCCAGAAAAAGACCCAGAGGACACGAAAUUCGUACUGACCGACGGAGAUGGCCUUCCAUUUGAAUGGAAACAGUACCAGGGACUAGUGGGUCUCCCCGCAAUGCCCAAUAUUGUCGAACGAUUGAAACUUCUUCCAAAGUUUGUUGCCCGUGAGGAAGACACUUGGAUUUGCACCUACCCAAAAUGCGGCACCCACUGGAUAUGGGAGAUCGCUUCAAUGGUCAUCAACGGUAAGGCGGAAACAAUUCCAGUGCCAAAAGAAGAUUAUUUCAUAGAAUGUACAGACCUGUCUUCGUUGGACUCCAAACCUUCCCCACGAGUUCUAAACACCCAUCUACCGCUUGACUGCAUCCCCAAAGACGUGUUUACUAAGAAGAACAAAAUCAUCCUCCUCAUUCGGAAUCCUAAGGAUGCCUAUGUGUCUAUGUACUACCAUAUGACGGGGAUGAAGCAGAAGAACUACAAUGGAACGUGGAACGGAUAUUUCGAACUCAUACCACAAUCAAUUAAGUACGAAAAGAGCUAUGGUAAUUGGAUGUUCUACCAUAAAAGAUUUUGGGAAUAUGCCAAAGAGCACACGGAUACAGUUCUUGCUUUAAAAUAUGAGGAGAUGCUGAAGGAUCCAGUUAGUCACGUGCGUAAAGUUGCAGAAUUCCUCGGCAAACCCAUUGACCAGAAACUCUGUGAAGCAAUCGCAGAAAAAUGCAGUUUUGAACACAUGAAAAAGGCCAAACAAACAAAAGGGAUGGCUGGACCUGAAGGUGAAAAACACGCCAAACCGGAUGAAAAACAUUGGCGCGACAAGGCUCAUGGCAUGUAUAGAAAAGGAAAAGUUGGUGACUGGAAGAACCAUUUCACCGUGGCUCAAAGCGAACGCUUUGAUGCACUUUACGAGGAACAGAUGAGAGGAAGCGAUUUGACCGUGGAUUUCGAAGCUGCUUAAUGACUUUAGAGGAAAUUUGUUACAAAAUUUUUUAGAGAGCAAGUUUAAAUAUGAUUUAUUAGGAUGGGAUGAAGCCAUCUAAUAUUACUUAAAAACAUUUUCCGGUUGAAACUUUUACUGUCGCAUGUGACUUUACCGAGUAACAUUGAGUCAUCAGCGUAAUUAUUUCAAUACAGAAGGUUCUCGAAUCCACAUCAUUAUCAGGCCCGUAGCCAACAAUUUCAAAAGGGGGGGGGUCUUUUUCCGAAAAAGUGAACCUUUUACAAUGAAUCCUUAGUGCACAUUUACCCAGAUUAGACCUUUUCCUGACAAAAAGGGCGGUUCUUUCGAACCCCCCGAACCCCCCUGGCUACG